AUGCCUGUACUUGGGGUAGCCUCCAAGCUAAGACAGCCAGCCGUAGGGUCAAAGCCUGUUCACACUGCCCUCCCAAUACCCAACCUUGGCCCUGCCGGCUCACAGCAGUACUCACCAAGGUCUUUGGAGCUUACUGGGGCAGAGAGCUCGAUGCUUUCUUGUCAGCUUACGUUAAAGUCAACCUGCGAUUUUGGAGAGAGGAGAGCGCUUCCAGGAAAAACCCAGGAGAUCGAAGAUAGCAAGAUUUACACUGACUGGGCUAACCACUACCUAGCAAAAUCUGGCCACAAGCGGUUGAUCAAGGAUUUGCAACAGGACAUUGCAGAUGGAGUUCUGCUAGCAGAAAUCAUCCAGAUCAUUGCAAAUGAAAAGGUUGAAGAUAUCAAUGGCUGUCCCCGGAGCCAGUCUCAAAUGAUUGAGAAUGUUGAUGUCUGCCUUAGCUUUCUGGCAGCCAGAGGCGUAAAUGUCCAAGGUCUUUCUGCAGAAGAAAUAAGGAAUGGAAAUUUGAAAGCCAUUUUAGGGCUGUUUUUCAGUUUGUCUCGGUACAAACAGCAGCAACAUCAUCAGCAACAGUACUACCAGUCUUUGGUGGAGCUACAGCAGCAAGUCCCUUCACCUCCAGCUGAAAUCAGCCAGUCCAAAACACACCAAGAUAUGCAGUCGAGUCUCACAGCCAGAUAUGCAACUCAGUCUAAUCACAGUGGAAUUGCAACCAGUCAAAAAAAGACUUCUAGGCUUCCAGGACCCUCAAGGGUGCCAGCUGCAGGCAGCAGUACCAAAGUCCAGGGAGCUUCUAAUUUAAAUCGGAGAAGCCAGAGCUUUAACAGCAUUGACAAAAACAAGCCUCCACAAUAUGCAAACGGAAAUGAAAAAGAUUCACCAAAAGGCCCUCACCCAUCUGCAGGCAUGAAUGGAAAUGUGCAGCAUCCCACCAGCACCGGGCAGCAGCAGGUCUCUGCCAUACCCUCUCCAAGUGCCAGCAAGCCUUGGCGCAGCAAAUCCAUGAAUGUCAAACACAGCGCGACCUCUACCAUGCUGUCCGUGAAGCAGCCUAGUCCCGCAACCUCCCCUACUCCAUCUUCAGACAGGCUCAAGCCACCCCCUUCUGAAGGCGUGAAGCCCCCUUCAUCUGGGCAAAAAUCUAUGCUGGAAAAAUUCAAGCUGGUUAAUACUAGGACUGCUCUGAGACCUCCUUUGUCACUGAGCUCAGGACCCAGUGACAGUGGGAGAGAGGAUGAUACCUUUUCAGAGUGUGGUGAAAUGGAUGUCUUAAGCGGUGGGGUGAACAGCGGCGGCUCCACAAGUAGCAGUCCUAAAGUAUCACCGAAGUUAACCCCUCCGAAAGCUGGAAGCAAAAAUCUCAGCAAUAAAAAGUCUUUGCUACAGCCAAAGGACAAAGAGGAAAAGAACAGGGACAAAAACAAAGUUUGCACUGAGAAAACAGUCAAGGAAGAGAAGGACCAGGUCACUGAAACAUCUACAAAGAAGAGCUCAAAAAUUGCAAGCUUAAUCCCAAAGGGAAGCAAGACGACAGCAGCCAAGAAGGAAAGUUUGAUACCGUCUUCUAGCGGAAUCCCGAAACCUGGAUCGAAGGUGCCAACAGCAAAGCAGAGUGCUUCAUCUGCAUGCACGGGAAGUAAGGAGGUUGAAAAACUGAGGACUACAAAAGGAAACCAGUCCCAAUCAACACCAAAAUCUCAACUCAGCGAGAAGGCUUCUCCUUCCUCUGCUCUUGCUUCUUCUGAAGGGAAAGAACCAAGCACAGCUCUUACCCCGGGGUCCUCUGCGUCUCUGUCGGCCUCGAUGGCUGCAAGCAGUGGCCAAGGCACGGGAAAUGGUGUCGUCCAGCUUCCUCAGCAACAGCAAUAUAGCCACCCCAACACUGCCACAGUAGCUCCUUUCAUUUAUAGAACUCUCUCAGAAAAUGACAGUACCUCUUUACCACCUGCUGACUCCUGCACCAGUCCUACUAAAAUGGAUUUGUCGUUCAGUAAGACUGCCAAACAGUGCCUAGAGGAGAUAUCUGGGGAAGACCCUGAAACAAGAAGAAUGAGAACGGUAAAGAAUAUAGCAGACCUGAGACAGAAUUUGGAAGAAACUAUGUCUAGCCUUAGAGGGACCCAGAUAAGCCACAGCACAUUGGAGACAACUUUUGACAGCACUGUGACAACUGAGGUGAAUGGGAGAAGCAUACCAAGCUUGACAAGCCGGUCCACCCCAGUGACUUGGAGGCUAGGGCAGGCCAGUCCUCGGCUGCAGGCAGGAGAUGCCCCGUCCUUGGGCGCUGGUUAUCCUCGUGGCAGCGCGGGUCGUUUUAUACACACAGACCCUUCUCGAUUCAUGUACACCACCCCGCUUCGCCGGGCAGCUGUUUCUCGCCUUGGAAAUAUCUCACAGAUUGACAUGAGUGAGAAGGGAAGUGGUGAUUUGGACAUGUCCUCUGAAGUGGACGUUGGUGGCUACAUGAGUGAUGGGGACAUUCUUGGGAAAAGCCUCAGAACCGAUGACAUCAAUAGUGGGUACAUGACAGAUGGCGGACUCAACCUAUAUACAAGAAGUCUGAACCGAAUACCAGACCUAGCUGCCUCUCGAGACGUCAUUCAAAGAGGGGUUCAUGACGUGACUGUGGAUGCAGACAGCUGGGAUGACAGCAGCUCAGUUAGUAGUGGCCUCAGUGACACUCUUGACAACCUCAGCACAGAUGAUUUGAAUACCACCUCAUCUGUCAGCUCUUAUUCGAAUAUAACUGCCUCUUCAAGGAAGAACACUCAUACCCAGACAGACUCGGAGAAGCGCUCAGUUACAGACAGCGAAACUUGGGGCAGCACUGAAGAGCUGAAGAAACCAGAAGAAGAUUUUGACAGCAGCAUAGACAGCAGUGGCAAGUGGAAAGGCCUUCCCUCGGGGCUGUCUGAAGAGGCAGAGAAGGGGGGGCAGAAAGCACCUCUCUCUGUUUCACAGACCGGAUCCUGGAGGAGAGGCAUGACUGCACAAGUAGGAACAACUCCAUCCAGGCACAAAGCAGGAACAAGUGCGCUCAAGACCCCGGGAAAAACAGAUGAUGCAAAAGCUUCAGAAAAAGUGAAAACUCCCCUGAAAGGAACCUCCAUUCAGCGCUCUCCAUCGGAUGCAGGGAAAAGCAGUGGUGAUGAAGGAAAAAAGCCUCCCUCUGGCAUUGGGCGAUCAACUGCUACAGGGUCCUUUGGAUUCAAGAAGUCUGGGAUGGGGUCUUCUACCAUAAUCACCACAAGUGGAGCGACUAUCACAAGUGGGUCAGCGACUCUAGGAAAAAUGCCAAAAUCUUCGGCCAUCGGUGGGAAGUCCAACGCAGGGCGGAAAACGAGCUUAGAUGGUUCCCAGAACCAGGAUGACGGCGUCCUGCACGUGAACUCGAAGACGACUCUGCAGUAUCGAAGUUUGCCUCGCCCAUCAAAAUCCAGUGGCAGCGGGAUCCCGGGCAGGGGUGGCCACCGCUCCAGCACCAGCAGCAUCGACUCUAACGUCAGCAGCAAGUCUGCAGGUGCUGCUGCCACCAAACUGCGAGAGCCAAGCAAGAUCGGGUCCGGGCGGUCCAGCCCCGUCACCAUCAACCAGACAGACAAGGAAAAAGAGAAAGUGGCCGUGUCCGAUUCCGAGAGCGUCUCGUUGUCCAGUUCCCCCAAAUCCAGCCCAACUUCGGCGAGCGCCUCUGGCACGCCAGGACUUAGGCAGCCAGGAUCCAAAUACCCAGAUAUCGCCUCCCCCACCUUUCGAAGGUUGUUUGGUGCCAAGGCAAGUGGUAAAGCUGCCUCUGCACCCAGUACUGAAGGUGUGAAACCCACAUCGGCAAUGCCCAGCCCUAGUACCACAUUGGCACGGCAAGGCAGCCUGGAAUCGCCAUCCUCGGGCACAGGCAGCAUGGGCAGUGCAGGUGGGCAAAGUGGUAGCAGCAGCCCCCUCUUCAGUAAACCUUCGGACUUAAAUGCAGAUGUUGUAAGCUUAAGUCACUCCUUGGCUUCCAGUCCCGCCUCAGUGCACUCUUUCACAUCAGGUGGUCUUGUGUGGGCUGCAAACCUGAGCAGCUCUUCAGCGGGCAGUAAGGACACACCAAGUUACCAGUCCAUGACUAGCCUUCACACCAGUUCCGAGUCUAUUGACCUUCCUCUUAGCCAUCAUGGCUCUCUCUCUGGACUGACAACAAGCACUCAGGAGGUUCAGAGCCUGCUCAUGAGGACUGGAAGCGUCAGAUCUACUCUUUCGGAAAGCAUGCAGCUUGACAGAAAUACACUACCCAAAAAGGGAUUAAGAUAUACUCCAUCAUCCCGGCAGACGAGUCAGGAGGAAGGCAAGGAAUGGCUGCGCUCCCAUUCAACCGGAGGCCUGCAAGACACUGGCAGUCAGUCCCCACUUGUUUCUCCUUCAGCUAUGUCUUCAUCUGCAACUGGAAAGUAUCACUUUUCCAACCUGGUGAGUCCAACCAACCUAUCUCAGUUUAACCUCCCUGGACCCAGUAUGAUGCGUUCAAACAGUAUCCCUGCACAAGACACUUCUUUUGAUCUGUAUGAUGACUCCCAACUGUGUGGCAGUGCUACGUCCUUAGAAGAGAGACCACGAGCGAUUAGUCAUUCAGGUUCAUUCAGGGACAGCAUGGAAGAAGUACAUGGGUCCUCAUUAUCACUUGUCUCCAGCACAUCCUCUCUAUACUCUACGGCAGAAGAAAAGGCACAUUCAGAGCAAAUUCAGAAACUAAGGAGAGAGCUGGUUGCAUCACAAGAGAAGGUUGCUACCCUUACAUCUCAACUUUCAGCAAAUGCUCAUCUAGUAGCAGCUUUUGAAAAAAGCUUGGGAAAUAUGACUGGUCGAUUGCAAAGUCUAACAAUGACAGCUGAACAAAAGGAAUCUGAGCUUAUAGAGCUAAGGGAAACCAUUGAAAUGCUGAAAGCCCAGAAUUCUGCUGCACAAGCUGCUAUUCAAGGAGCCUUGAAUGGUCCCGAUCAUACCCACAAAGAUUUACGUAUAAGGAGGCAACAUUCUUCAGAAAGUGUUUCUAGUAUCAACAGUGCUACAAGCCAUUCAAGCAUUGGCAGUGGUAAUGACGCAGACUCCAAGAAAAAGAAAAAGAAAAACUGGGUGAACUCUAGAGGAAGUGAGCUAAGAAGCUCUUUCAAACAGGCCUUUGGAAAGAAGAAGUCCACCAAGCCUCCUUCCUCACAUUCAGACAUAGAAGAGCUGACAGACUCCUCUCUUCCGUCGUCACCCAAAUUGCCCCACAGCUCAGGAGAGUGUGGGGCAACAUCAAUGAAACCAUCACAGUCAGCAUCUGCGUCAUCUCUAGUCUGGGCACCAAAGAAAAGGCAAAACGGUCACGUGGUCUACAAGCAUAGAUCCCGGAUCUGUGAGUGCACAGAGGCAGAGGCUGAAAUUAUUCUUCAGCUAAAGAGUGAGCUGAGGGAGAAAGAGCUAAAAUUAACGGACAUUCGUCUUGAAGCCCUCAGCUCUGCACACCAUCUGGAUCAGAUUCGGGAAGCCAUGAACCGCAUGCAGAAUGAAAUUGAGAUACUAAAAGCUGAAAAUGAUCGUUUAAAGGCAGAGACUGGAAAUACUGGAAAGCCCGCCCGGCCAUCAUCAGAGUCUUCAAGCAGCACAUCAUCUUCUUCAUCACGGCAAUCACUAGGACUUUCUCUGAACAAUUUAAACAUCACAGAAUCUGUUACAUCAGAUAUUUUGUUGGAUGAUGUCACUGAUGGAGCACUCCACAAAGAAGGUCACAGCGUGAAAAUUUUAGUCGCUAUAAACAAGGGCUAUAGUCGAGCCAAGGAUCAAAAAACACAUGCGUAUCUGAUAGGAUCAAUUGGAGUCAGCGGAAAAACAAAAUGGGACGUUUUAGAUGGUGUAAUCAGACGUCUCUUUAAGGAAUAUGUUUUCCGAGUGGAUCCGACUACUAGCCUGGGUUUAAGCUCUGACUGCAUUGCUAGCUAUUGUAUAGGGGAUGUAAUUAGAGCCCACAGCCUAGAAGUGCCUGAACUGCUGCCUUGUGGAUAUCUGGUUGGAGAUAAUAAUGUCAUCACUGUGAACCUGAAAGGAGUGGAAGAAAACAGUUUGGACAGUUUUGUGUUUGACACAUUAAUUCCUAAGCCAAUUACCCAACGGUACUUUAAUUUACUGAUGGAGCAUCGCAGAAUUAUUCUGUCGGGACCCAGUGGCACGGGAAAGACCUAUUUAGCUAACAGACUGGCUGAGUAUAUUAUAACUAAAUCUGGCAGAAAAAAAACUGAGGAGGCAAUUGCAACUUUUAAUGUAGAUCACAAGUCAAGCAAGGAUCUGCGACAAUACCUAGCAAACCUAGCUGAGCAAUGCAGUGCUGACAACAAUGGUGCUGACCUCCCUGUGGUCAUAAUUCUUGAUAACCUCCACCACAUCAGUUCACUAAGUGACAUCUUCAAUGGUUUCCUCAACUGUAAAUAUAAUAAAUGUCCCUAUAUUAUUGGAACCAUGAACCAGGGAGUUUCUUCUUCACCAAAUCUGGAGCUGCAUCACAAUUUCAGGUGGGUGCUUUGUGCUAAUCACACAGAGCCUGUUAAAGGUUUCUUGGGCAGAUAUCUGAGAAGGAAACUGAUUGAGACUGAAAUAGAAAGGAACAUACGCAAUAAUGAGCUCAUCAAAAUCAUUGACUGGAUCCCCAAAACAUGGCAUCAUCUCAACAGCUUCCUAGAAACACACAGCUCUUCAGAUGUAACCAUUGGUCCCCGCCUCUUCCUCCCUUGCCCUAUGGAUGUUGAUGGCUCCAGAGUGUGGUUCACAGACCUCUGGAACUAUUCGCUGGUGCCGUAUCUUCUGGAAGCUGUGAGAGAAGGACUUCAGAUGUACGGUAAGAGGGCACCCUGGGAGGAUCCCUCCAAGUGGGUAGCUGAUACCUAUCCAUGGAGCUCUGCAUCUCUACAGCAUGAGUGGCCAUCACUACUUCAGUUAAGACCAGAAGAUGUUGGUUAUGAAGGUUAUGCAUCAGCAAAGGAAGGAACAACUUCAAAGCAUGUUCCACAGACUGAUACAGAGGGGGAUCCCUUGAUGAAUAUGCUAAUGAGGCUUCAAGAGGCAGCCAACUAUUCGAGCGCACAAAGCUGUGACAGUGAUAGCACCAGCCACCACGAUGACAUUUUGGAUUCGUCCCUUGAAUCAACUCUCUGAAAGGGACAAACCUUGGUGGAGGAUUA